UGCAACCACUCAGCAGACCAUCCUCACUUCCAUCCGCUCAUAAUAGCUCAGCAGCAUGUCAAAGCAUCACCCGGAUCUCAUCCUCUGCCGCAAGCUCCCGGGGAUCGCCAUCGGACGUCUGUGCGAAAAAUGCGACGGCAAGUGCCCCAUCUGCGACUCCUACGUCAGGCCAUCAACGCUGGUACGCAUCUGUGAGGAAUGCAACUUCGGCUCCUCAGGAGGCAAGUGCAUCGUUUGUGGUGGCAAUGGGAUCUCGGAUGCGUACUAUUGUGCCGAGUGCGUGAGAUUGGAGAAGGACAGAGAUGGUUGUCCCAAGGUGGUGAACCUGGGGGCAAGCCGGACGGACCUCUUCUACCUCAAGAAGAAGUCACAAGGUUUCCAAAGAGGCUAACAUCUCGAGCAGCUACGGCCGCCACUACGUCUCCCAUUCGAUGCGCACCUCGCGCCACUCAGCAAUUUGUACUUCUAAUCAAUACCAAGAUCGCGCUUACACACCCAUUCAUUCACACAACACCCUCGGGCCUCACACGGUGAUUAGCAUACUGCGAUGGUAUCCAUUGAGCCCCUUGUGUCGCUUUCUCCACCUCUCUCAACCGAGCGCCUCCUCCCUCUCCAUGACGGUCUUGUCCAGCUUGAUCAAAAUAGUCGUCCGCUGCGGAUGCUCAGCUGUAGGCACAGAGUGCGCAGUCACCCUCGCUGGAAAGCCCAUCCCGUCCAAGAUUGCCUCUACGAUGCCAGCCGUAUACGCCUCGACAGAGAGCUGUGACAUGUCCUUUGGCACGGAGAUGCCCCGCGAGUAGACGGGUUGGUUGGUAG